AUGAGCCACGUCCACGAAGGCCCGUUGGCCACCUACAACAGUCUGACAGACAAAAACCUUGCAGGAUAUUUCUCCAAUGUCCGCAUGCGACGCCACCUUCGGAAGUCUGGACUGAUCAAUUCUCGAGGUAAAAUUAUCUCUGAGAACCAGUACAGACUGAAUAUGGCUCGCAAAGAACACAAAAAACAUGUCAAAGACCUUCUAUCACAAGCCAUUGUACACAAGACUCUUGACCUUGAGCGUACACGACAGGUGGAGAUCAAACGCAAACUGGAGGAGAUCGGAAAGAUUGAAUUGGUUCGCAGAGUUAGAGCUUCACGUGGUCGCCGUGGUGAUGAAGAAAUUUUACCGUAUCUGUCUCCAAGGACAGGUAGUAGGUCCUCCAGUGGCCGCAGACGACCAGUCAGUGCCCCUUACAAAUAUGAGGAAGUGAUAUAUGUAGAUGAGAAUGGACAACCUUUGACCCCAACCUCAGAAAUGAUAGAAGAAAGCCACUCCCCUACCCGUUCAAAGGGACAGGAAGAAAUAGACACUAGACACUUGUAUGCGCUUGACUCCAGUGCCCUGAGGAAAUAUGCCGUUACAUUAUCAAAGAUGGAACAAGGAGAAGGGCUUGUAUCUCCCUACAGUAUGAACCAAAUACCAACCCCUCCCAGGAGUGCUCGCAGUAGCAAGGGAAAUCACUCUGCUCGAGUCCGUGGUCCGAGGCCAAGGACAGCAGAUGGUCGGCUGUCACAGAGAGAAACACCUGUGAAGAGAUCUCCUACAAUGAAAAACUCAGAACCUGUUGAAGAGUCACACCCACCAUCACAAAUAUCUGUUGUGGAAGGAGCUUUGAUGUUGCAUCGCCAGGAACCAGCUGUGAUGCACCAAGGAGAAGUACAGACUCUAUGUGAAAUUACGAUGAAAUACCAUGGACCAAAUCUCACUUUGCCACGAGAUCAAUACGAACCCAAACAGGAAGUCUCUAUUGACCAACAGCAUUGUGGGGGAAAUACACUUACUGUUUUCAAAGAGGGGCUAAAGGCAGGAGAUAAGUUUACAUUUAUAUCCCGUCGUCACCGUGGUUACCCAUUCAGUCUCUCAGUAUAUGUCGAGGGUCGUAUGGAUUUCCGAAUCAGCCGCUGCUGUGAAUACAAACACUUCAAGGGAGUCCGACUCGGUGGCAAGCUUGGACACUUCAGUCUGUUGGGAGUGGAUGGAGCCACGCCUUGUUAUCGGUGUGCUCUGAACACCCAGGCCACACCCAGGAGCCUCAAGCGCCCAGUUCCUGUCAAACAGCGAUCAACCAAAGCUGAAGAGAUCCGAGAGGAAGUUAUUGUGCCGAAACCAAUUUCAAAACGAAAGGACGAGAAAACUGACGAUGAUGAAGAUAAACAAAAUCUGGAAAUACAUGUUGAAGGCGAGGAGGCAACUCCUCAAAAGGACACUAUUUAUGGUGAUUUACACAAAAACAAGGAGAAAACCAAGGAGAAAAUUGAUGAAAAGAAUGAAUCCGAGGGGUAUGAUGAUGAUUUUGAAGAAGACGAAGGCGAAAAGAAAGCAACUGAAGAUAGAUAUGAAGAAGAUCGCUUUGAAUCAUCUUCAUCGUCAUCAUCAUCUUCAUCUGAAGACGAGGCUCCACCUCCAAAGACGAAAUCAACGACCAUCACAGGGUUUGAUGAUGAAAAAGAUGACACACCUCGUGACAGAAAGUCUAGACCCAAAACUGGACUUGAUCACAGACGAAAGAUUGAGGCUUUUUCCUCAGACAGUGAAGGAGAGGUAGCAGUUAAGAAAACCUCUUACAGUCAGAAUAAAGAUGACAACUCCAGUACAAUGGAGACCCUAGUCAUUACGACUAACACAGCAGAUAAACCAUUAGCCGGAACUGACGCUAAAGUUUUCAUCAUUCUAAACGGGACGAACGACAAGUCCACAGGAAAAAUCUGGCUAAAGAAGGGCAAGUUCCGCAGAGGAAAGUCGGACGUAUUCACAGAGAAGGUUGCAGACAUCCAGAGCCCAGUGAAGGACAUCGAGAUCGGUCAUGACUGUAGUGGAGGUUCCAAUCAGACCUGGAACUUACAGGAAGUGUAUGUGUACUGCCCCAGAACAGGAAUCAAGCAAACAUUCCCCGUCUAUAAACUUCUGACACACGAAAAACCAAGUGUUUCUGUGACAGAGCAGCGAUCUGUGAGGAGGAACGUGAAUGAAGAUGAUUACCGAAUGCGCCGAAGCAGUUCGAGCAGGUCUAUUUUCAGCAGUUCUUCCUCAUCUUCAUCAGAAUCUCGUCAUGAGACAAAGAAAGAAAUAGCCCUGUCUGUUUCAGUGGAUACAAGGACGGAGAUGACUGAGUCGACAGAGAGACCGCAAUCUUCUGCUUCGUCCCACUCUGUUGAGUCCCAGCGCGAAUCACGUGCUCCAACCUAUCCAACUCUGACACCCACUGUCGCAGGCACACAACAAGCCUAUUCUAAAGAGUCAGCAGAAGCAGCUCGUGAACGACCUGAAACACCUGUUUCAUCUUCUCUACAACGUUCACGAUCACCUUCCCCAUCGAGGAAAAGGACACCCUCCCCACCUUCACCAAGAAGACGCUCUCCCUCCUCUUCCUCAUCUAGAUCAUCUUCCCCUUCAACAAGGAGAUCACCUUCACCAAAGAGGCGAUCACCUUCCCCACCUUCACCAAAGAGGCGAUCACCCUCCCCUCCUUCUCCACGCCAAUCAUCUCCCCCAAAAUCCCCUGAGCGAUCCCCCACCCCACCUCGUCGGGAGGAGUCGCCCUCACCUGUUAUUUCAAAUGUACGUUCUGAGACUGAGGAUAAAAAAGCAAGGAUGAUUAUAGAAAGAAGCAGCGUUGCAUCAUCAAGUUCUUCUAGCAGUGAAUCUGAAUCGGAAACGACACAAAGAGAGGACAGGAAAUUUGUAAACCAAAGUCAGAAAGAGGAGCCCAUCCCGGAAAUGUUUUCUUACGAACGCCCUUUCCAAACUAGUGAGAGAAAACAACAAGGUAUACAGGAAACACCGCGCUCAGCAACUAGUGGGUCUAGUUUUGAUUCCAGUGCCGACUCAAGUGACAGCGAAACAGAGACUGAAACCACUGUCUCCCGACCAGAAGCAGCCACUAUAUCCCAGGUCAAGGCAGAGGCACCUGUGGUUACUAAGGAAACUCCAGCCGUUGAAAGUACACCUAAGGUUGAAUCAAAAACAUCAGACAGUGAGACUGAAACUCAGACGGAAACAGAGACUGAAACAGAGACUGGGAGAACAGCUGAUACACCAAGUGUUGUCAAACCUCCAUCACACAAACCAGAGGUCAAGGACACUCCAAGGUCAAGUUCUAGUGAUUCUUCUUCUGACAGCGAGACAGAGACCCAAACAGAGACAGACACCGACACAAAGCGUAGUGUACCGGAGCCACAAAAACCUCCGUCACCAACAGCCACACAAGUCUCUGAGAAGAAACCUGUUACCAGCAGCAGUAGCAGCUCGGGAUCCGAUUCUGAAACAGGAACUCAAACUGAGACUGAUACAGAGAAACAAGUGAGGAAACCUUCAAGUCCGCCUGCUGUUGCAGAAGUAAAAUCAGAAAAUGUGAAGUCAUCAACAAAAUCAAGCAGUAGCUCUUCUGGCAGUGAAACUGAAACACAAACGGAGACGGAGACGGACACGGAAAGGAAGGUGAAAGUGCCGACGCCCCCUCCUGCCCCUGUGUCCAGCACUAACGAGAAAAAGGAGGCACCAAGGAAGAGCUCAGAUGAGACCUUUAUAAUUACCACGGUAACAUCUGACAAACCCUCAGCAGAAACGGACGCUAACGUCUAUCUUAUAAUUAACGGCACAAAUAACAUGUCAAGUGAAAAAAUUUGGCUUAGAAAUGGAAAAUUUGGACGUGGUCAGAGGCACAAAUUUUCCAAGAAACUUUACGGAAUUUAUAGUCCUAUAAAAGACAUUGAAAUCGGGCAUGACUGUAGUGGAGAGAAACCGACGUGGCACCUGCAGGAAGUUCAGGUGUAUUGUGCACGGACAAGUAUUCAACAGACCUUCCCUGUGUAUAGGUUACUAGCCCAAAAUAACCCAAGCCUGGUCGUAAGCGAACAGAGAUCUGUACAGAAAAUUAUCCCAAGUGAAGAUGACUCUGACAGUAAUUCAGGAAGUGACAGUGAUAGUGACUCAAGCUCUGGUAGUGAGUCAGAACUGACAGAGGACGACAAGAAAAAAAUUAAAAAAGAUUCCACAAAACUAGACCCUCCCAAAGCCAAUUUUGCCUUGACAGACAGUGAUGCUCCUCAUGUGGUUAGCGAGAGUGAUGGCACCAAGUUCAAUGUGUUCGGCAGUGGAACUGACACAGACAAUAUGCAUGGUGGUAAUGAUCCCGACGGUGUGACAGACACUGGUCCCAUCAAAUCAGCGUACCUGUCUAAGAUCGGUGUAAAACCUGGACAACCACUAGAGGGCAGCAUUCUACCUAAAGUUGUCGGGGAGACAGACAUAGAGCUGAGUGCUAUAGCACUAACCACAGAACAGGUGAAAGAGCUGGGUUCCUACAUUGAGAAAUCAAAAAGCAUCAAGUCUAUUUGUUUGAGGAACUGUGGUAUUGAUGAUGACAAGUUUGACAAAGUGGUUGAUAGCAUUGAGAGCACAGAAUCAGACGUAAAGAUGCUGAACUUGAACCUGAACAAGCUUGGAGACUCUGCGGCUGCUGAUCUAGCUGAUUUAUUGGGGGAGAAAUCUUCUAUAGAAAUAUUACUUGUCCAUGGUAACCCACUUGGUGACAAAGGAGUGAAAAAUUUACUAAUGGGCCUCUUGGACAUAGCUGAUGGUGAUGAUGAUGAUAAAGGCGAGAUCAACCUACGAGAGCUGGACCUCGGAGACACAAGCAUGGGAGACAAUGGCAUGAGUAAGGUCGCGACCUUCCUUGAAAAGAACACGACGUUAAGAACCUUAAAUCUCAAUGGCAAUAAGGCUGUGGGUUUGGAGGGAUGGAAAAAACUUGGAAUAGCUCUUAAGAAAAACAAAACACUACAGACAUUGUCCUUAGAUUUCAACAACAUUGGAGAUGAAGGGAUCGAAGCCAUUGUUGAGGGACUCCGAACAAAUCAAACGCUACAGACUCUGGAACUUGAGGAUGUUGGUAUCACUGCAAAAGGUGGAAAAAUGUUGAGAGACCUUGUAAAAGAUAACCCAAGUAUUUUAGAGGUCACUAUUUUCCCAGGGAAUAAUAUUCCUGAUGAUGUCCGUAGUGAUAUUAAAAAGUUUCUUGGUUUGAGUAAUGAGGCUCACAAAAAGAGGCAGCAGAUGGCCUGA